UGCCUCGACCGUCGGCCCGACUCGAAAACGGCAACCCUAUUUGAAAUGUUUUCUGAAGGAAACAAAUAUAGAAAUUUCUGUCUUAAAUCUGGCAGUAAAAAUAUAGGCUCAAAAGUUGGAAAAAAACGAAAGGUUCAGGCAAGCAGUAAAUCGCAUGUGAACAAAAAAACUAGAUUGAUAAGUAACAUAAUUCAUGACUCGAAUCAAACAAACAAUCCUCAUGAAUUACGUCCUAAUUAUUCAAUUCAUGAAAGCCAAUUUGUGGGCAACAAUGAUGGGAGUAGCUCUAGUUUUUUGGGAACUGACAAAGAAUCUAGUAUGAAUGCUAUUAGAGUUGACAAUGUAUUACCAGAAGUUAAUGGAGAAAACGCUAAUGGAGGUUUACCAAGCAAGUUUUGA